UCGGGGAUUGAUCGUCUUCGCAGUUUUGGCGUGUCCAACGGCGAGACUUACGGAGAAUACAUUCAAUUCGUCGCUAUAAGGCUCUGGCCAUGACCGUCGUGGUUUCUCACCACGCGUUCAAGCCUUCGGAUGCGCAAGUGCAGAUAGCUGUUCGAGAAUCCAUGUUGAAGCAGUUUCCGGUAGUGUCUGGGCAGGUGUACAAGGAUGAGCAGCUCUCCAUGGAAGCCCCUUUUUCGGCGACAUGCUUCGUAUCUGGAUGAUAUGUGGGAUGUGUUGGACAAGCGUACGUUCGCGCACACGCCGGCGGUGCAUGGACAUCAUUUAUUUUUCGUGUCUUCCACGAAUGCUAGGAGUUCGUCUGCUGUUUCGCGUGCUGUAGCUUCUUCGGCGUUGCGUUCGACGGUGACCCCUUCGUGGAGCUAGGGCUCUUCCGCCGCCGUGAUGAGUGUUGACCCUCUACCUAAUGAU